UGCUUGUUGCUUUGCCUUGCAAACCGCGCAUCGCUUUUGCAGCAGCAGCAGCAGCAGCCGCUUCGGAAGCGAGCGAGCGAGCGAGCAAGCGAUUCCCAAAUGAGCGAGCUGAGGCAGAGACCGGGCCGGGAUGCCGGCGGGCAGCAGGACUCCGAGGGGAAGGAUUCAGAGGCGGAGAACAAAGUGGGCGAGACGGCCUCGGACAGCGAGGGCAAGGCGGAGGCGGCCCCCCCGGCCCCCGUGGACGACACGCCCGAGGUCCUCAACCGGGCCCUCUCCAACAUGUCCUCCAGGUGGAAGAACUGGUGGGUGAGAGGCAUCCUGACCCUGGCCAUGAUCGUCUUCUUCUUCAUCAUCAUCUACUUGGGGCCCAUGGUGCUGAUGAUGAUUGUGAUGUGCGUCCAGAUCAAGUGCUUCCACGAAAUCAUCACCAUCGGCUACAACGUCUACCACUCCUACGAACUGCCCUGGUUCCGGACGCUCAGCUGGUAUUUCCUGCUCUGUGUGAACUACUUCUUCUACGGGGAGACGGCCACGGACUACUUCUUCACGCUGGUCCAGCGCGAGGAGCCCCUGCGCAUCCUGAGCAAGUACCACCGCUUCAUCUCCUUCGCCCUUUACCUGACAGGUUUCUGCAUGUUCGUCUUGAGCCUGGUCAAAAAGCAUUAUCGGCUCCAGUUCUACAUGUUUGGCUGGACCCACGUGACUUUGCUCAUCGUGGUCACCCAGUCGCACCUCAUCAUUCACAACCUCUUUGAAGGAAUGAUCUGGUUCAUCGUCCCGAUUUCCUGCGUCAUUUGCAACGACAUCAUGGCCUACAUGUUUGGGUUCUUCUUCGGACGCACGCCGCUGAUUAAGCUGUCUCCGAAAAAGACCUGGGAAGGCUUCAUUGGCGGCUUCUUUGCCACCGUGGUUUUUGGACUUCUGCUCUCGUACGUCAUGUCGGGCUACCGGUGCUUCACGUGCCCCGUGGAGUUCAACAACGACAGCAACAGCUUCACCGUGGACUGCCAACCCUCCGAGCUCUUCCAGCUGCAGGACUACAACGUCCCCGCCGUGCUCCAGUCCCUCAUCGGAUGGAAAACGGUCCGGAUGUUCCCCUUCCAGAUCCACAGCAUCGCGCUCUCCACCUUCGCCUCCCUCAUCGGCCCCUUCGGAGGGUUUUUUGCCAGCGGCUUCAAGAGGGCCUUCAAGAUCAAGGACUUUGCCAACACCAUCCCGGGCCACGGGGGCAUCAUGGACCGCUUUGACUGCCAGUACCUGAUGGCCACCUUCGUCAACGUCUACAUCGCCAGCUUCAUCAGGGGCCCGAACCCGAGCAAGCUCAUCCAGCAGCUGUUGACCCUCCGGCCGGAGCAGCAGCUGAGCAUCUUCCACACGCUGAAGGCCCACCUGGUGGACCGGGGGGUCCUGGCCGCGCCCGAGGAGGCCUAGGGGACGCGGCACCGGCCUCUUCCGACCCACCCGCCCAUCGUCCCCGGCAGACCCCUCCCCAGCUUCCUCGGACAGUCGCCGGCCGGCCGGCCGCUCCCGCGCCUUCCUCCUCCUUCCCAAAGCAGCUUCCGCUUCUCCACCUGCCGGCAUCCGGGCGCAGAGGAAAGACCGCAGGGUUGCGCACUGUAGGUCCCAUCGCCCACAGCCACGCGUGGGCGUCUCCUCCUCCUCCCGUUUGUGUCUCUUUCUUCCAUUUGGGAUUCAAGGAGGUGGAUCUACAGCUCUUUUUGGGGGGGGGGGGGGGCGCAGGUCUGCCAAGGGAUCACCACUCCCAUCGUCCCCACUGAGCGGCCAGAGCCAAAUGGCAUCCGAUGCUUGUGCCGCGUCCUGGGGUUCGAAGCCCGCGUUUCGUUUUGCCCCUUGCAGGGCAUACGCUCCAUGUCGCCUCCUGAGUGAGACAAUCUGGGAGACUGACAGCUGUCAAUCAAGCAAAAAUCAAUAGCUGUUUGGCUCUGACAGAGUAUGAAAUCCCCCAGCAAGGUUAAAGAGAUGGGACAGCUGUCAAUCAAUCACAAAUGAAUGGAUUUGGCCUCUGGCAGAGUCUAAACAUCUCCCAGCCUGGUUGGUGCAGAGCUCCAGGAAUAUGACAGCUGUCAGUCAAGCAAAAAUCAAUAGCUGCUUGGCUCUGAC